UCUAGGGUUUUCUCGUCUCCGCCGCCGACGCAUCCAAAUCAAACCCUUCCCCAUCCACCACCCUCCCCACUUCCGGCGGCGGCGAGCGGCGGCACCACCACCACCACGCCACGAUGAGGCCGAUCCUGAUGAAGGGGCACGAGCGCCCGCUCACGUUCCUGCGCUACAACCGCGACGGCGACCUCCUCUUCUCCUGCGCCAAGGACCACACCCCGACGGUCUGGUACGCCGACAACGGCGACCGCCUGGGGACCUACCGCGGCCACAACGGCGCCGUCUGGUCCUGCGACGUCUCCCGCGACUCGGCGCGCCUCAUCACGGGCUCCGCCGACCAGACCGCCAAGCUCUGGGACGUCAGCACGGGGCGGGAGCUCUUCAGCUUCCGCUUCGACGCGCCUGCGAGGUCCGUUGAGUUCGCCAUCGGGGACGCGCUCGCCGUCAUCACCACCGACAACUUCAUGGACCACGUCCCCACCGUCCAGGUCAAGCACAUCGCCGAGGACCUCGACGACCAGACUGAUGAAUCCGCGCUCGUGAUCACCGGCAUCAAGGGGAGGAUCAACAGGGCGGUUUGGGGCCCGCUCAACAGGACCAUCAUCACUGCCGGCGAGGACGCCACCAUUCGCAUCUGGGACACGGAGACUGGAAAGCUGCUGAAAGAGUCAGACAAGGAAUCUGGACAUCAAAAGACAAUCUCAUCACUGUCAAAAUCUGCAGAUUGGUCUCAUUUUAUUACAGGCUCCUUGGAUAAAUCUGCUAAGCUAUGGGAUUCAAGAACGCUGACCCUGAUCAAGACCUAUGUCACGGAGCGGCCUGUUAAUGCUGUUGACAUCUCUCCAACUCAUGAUACUGUUGUUCUAGGAGGUGGUCAGGACGCAAUGAAUGUGACUAUGACAGAUCGCCGUGCUGGUAAAUUUGAGGCUAAAUUCUAUCACAAGAUUUUGCAAGAGGAAAUUGGUGGUGUUAAAGGACAUUUUGGACCAAUUAAUGCUUUGGCAUUUAAUCCUGAUGGGCGGAGCUUUUCGAGUGGUGGUGAAGAUGGAUAUGUAAGGCUGCACCAUUUUGAUUCUGACUACUUCAACAUCAAGAUGUAGAUAAAGGACACCACAAACUAAUCCGAGGUUGUAUUCGAGGGUAACGAAUGCUUGAGUUGUUUCUCGUGAAGCUCGGAGAGUUGGCUCAGAUCUUAGCUAUUGGUGUUGUGUUGCUUGUUAGACGUUCUUGUUACUCAGGACAGGAAAAACAGGUUUUUGUAGAUGCUUGAGAAAUUUGUACACUUGGCAAUGAAAAAAUGCUUGAAUUGCAGUCUAUUCUAGUUUUUUUUCUUC